AUGCCUCCAAAACGUGUUCCCAACCGCCACUACCUCCUGUGCCCGGUCUGCCACAAGAGCCAGGACUGCCUCUCUAUCCAUCUGAAGCGGACCUGCAUGAAGCUGACCAGCAAGGACCAAAGGGCUAAAGUGGUGGAAAAGGCCAAAGAAGAGGCGAGUGUGCUCCUGAGGUCUGGGCGCGUUUAUAGCUACCAGCUCCUCCAGGACAUUGUGGGCUCCAAAGACCCCCUCAACAGGCUGAUUGAGGAGCUGCAAAAGAGGAAGAAUGUGGUCACCAACGUGCCAUCCCAGCUCCCUGAUGUACAGGCCAGGCCUUCCACUGCCACGGGCCAGCCGGACUCCCCUGAGGAGUCCAGUGAUGUUACAAGCGAGAGCAGUGUGGAGACUUUUCAGUGCAAUCCAAACCCGGAGUGGAAGACCAGCAAGAGGGCACGGAUGGCUGAGCUGGGGCUGUACCAGAAACAUUCCCUCCACCAUCCUCUGUUCAAAGAAUUUGCUGAACACCUGGAAAAGGACCACCGCACUGAGAAUUUCAUGCAAGAGGUUGACAUCGUGGCACGCUUCCUCUUCUUCAUGGAUCCUGCUGAACCCUCCCUCCUGUUUGUGCGGGAACGGGAGAAGACACAGGAAUACCUGAGGAAGCUUUCUGAGGCCACACUUGGCAAACAAACCCAGCUCAGCUAUUUGAAGAGCUUGAAGAGAUUCCUGACCCACCGUAUCACCAAGACGGACAUGUAUUGGACCGACCCGGAUCUCCACAACGAGGCCAAGCAAUACGCAGAUUUCAUCUGUUGUUUGCAAAAGCAACUGGCGAAGGGCGUCAACAAGGAAAUGGUUGCAAAGCGUGACAGAAUCAUUCUUGGGGACAUGUCAACCAGCCCACAUGACUGCACAGAGGUGCUGAGGGCGGCCAGAAAAGACUUUUUGGCCGUUCUCGGCAAGAUCUGUGAUCCCGACCAAUCCUAUGGCUGCCAGCUGCAGACCUCUGAGUGCCUCAUUGUAUUAUACUACCUGGAAGCAAUCGUGGUUCUGCAGCACCUGCAGAGGCCCGGGGUGGUGGAGCACAUGACAAUUGAGGAGUGGAACAACAGAACCAAGCUGGAUCAGGGCUUUGUUGCCAUCUCCGUAAAAGAACACAAGACUGCCACACAGCAGGAGGCAGUCUUUGUUCUCUCUGCAGAAGAGGAGGCCUGGUUCGACAAGUACUUUGAAUGUGUGAGGGACCAGCUGAAGACAACAAAGAGGUUCCGGGGGAGCCCAGAGGCCCAGAAAAUAGAAGAAGACCCCCAGGAGCGGUUCUUCCUGUCAACAUCGGGCAACCCAAUUUACAACUGCUCCAAUGAUUUGGCCAGGCUGCACAGAAAAUACAAUCUCACACCGGUGACGAGCCAAGUGGCGAGGCGGGUCUUCCAAACUGCCGCCAAGUCCAUGCCUGAUGUGGACAAAGCAAUGAUUGCUGACUACCUGACCCACAGCACAGUCCCAGCGGAGGAACACUCCCGCAUGAAGGAAGGUCGCUACCUGGUGAGGUCCGUUGAGCUCCUCGACAAGUUGAGAAGGCAGGGUACCAGUGAAGAAGGUCCAUCCAGCCGGGCCCAUCCAAAGUCCCGGAACCCAAAGAUGGACUUUGAGGAUGAAUGGAACACCUUCAGCAGAGAGCAUCCAGUCACAGUGGACUGA